UUAUUCCUGCAGAUUUUGGAAGUGGUUUUUUCUCUUUUUCUAAUCUACCAGAUGAUGAACAGGAGAAGAAGAAUUGCCCAGCAACAUCUGGAGCAACCUGGGCAGGAACUCAUAAUCAAGCAAGAAAACAGGGAAUUGAAAAUCAGACUGGGCAGGCAUGGACUUCCCAUGAAAGGACUGAUGCAGGGGAGAAACCACAUAAAUGCAUAUCACCUCAGUAGACAUCAAAGAACACAUGCAGGGGGGAAACUGUACCCAUGUAUGGAACGUGAAAAGAGCUUCAGUCAAAACAAGAGCCUCCAUAUACACAAAACAACUCACAAUGGGGAGAAACCACAUAAAUGCAUGGAAUGUGGAAAGAGCUUCAGUGACCAUUGUAAAUUUAGGUCACAUCAAAGAACCCACACAGGUGAGAAACCACAUAAAUGCAUGGAAUGUGGAAAGAGCUUCAGUCGGAGUAGUAAUCUUAGGUCACAUGAUAGAACUCACACUGGGGAGAAACCUUAUAAAUGCAUAGAAUGUGGAAAGAGCUUUAGACACAGUGGUGCCCUUAGGUUACAUCAAAGGACUCACACUGGGGAGAAACCAUAUAAAUGCAUGGAAUGUGGAAAGAGCUUUCGUUAUAGUGGUGGCCUUAGGUUACAUCAUAUGACUCACACUGGGGAGAAACCACAUAAAUGCAUGGAAUGUGGAAAGAGCUUCAGUGACCAUUGUAAAUUUAGGUCACAUCAAAGAACCCACACAGGUGAGAAACCACAUAAAUGCAUGGAAUGUGGAAAGAGCUUUAGUCGGAGGGAUAAGCUUGGUUCACAUGAAAGAAAUCACACUGGAGAGAAAACACAUAAAUGCACGGAAUGUGGAAAGAGCUUUAGUGAGAGUAGUCACCUUAGGUCACAUGAAAGAACCCACACAGGGGAAGCACCACAUAAAUGCAUGGAAUGUGGCAAGAGCUUUAGUCGCAGUGAUGGACUUAGGUCACAUCAAAUAACUCACAAUGGGGUGAAACCACAUAAAUGCAUGGAAUGUGGAAAGAGCUUUAGUCGCAGUGAUGAACUUAGGAAACAUGAAAGAAAUCACAGUGGGGAAAAGCUGUAUAAAUGCAUGGAAUGUGGAAAGAGCUUUACUAGGAGUGGAUCCCUUAGAGUACAUCACAGAACUCACACUGGGGAGAAACCAUAUACAUGCAUGGAAUGUGGAAAGAGCUUUAGUCACAGUGGUAACUUUAGAUCACAUCAAAGUAUUCACACUGGAGGGAAACCACAUAAAUGCAUGGAAUGUGGAAAGAGCUUUAGUCACAGUGGUACCCUUAGAACACAUCAAAGUACUCACACUGGGGAGAAACCACAUAAAUGCAUGGAAUGUGGAAAGAGCUUUAGUAGGAGUGGUAUCCUUAGGAAUCAUGAAAGGACUCACACUGGGGAGAAACCACAUAAAUGCAUGGAAUGUGGAAAGAGCUUUAGUAGGAGUGAUACCCUUAGGAAACAUGAAAGGACUCACACUGGGGAGAAAAAACCAUAUAAAUGCAUAGAAUGUGGAAAGAGCUUUAGUCACAGCGGUGUCCUUAGAUUACAUCAAAGAACUCACACUGGGGAGAAACCACAUAAAUGCAUGGAAUUUGGAAAGAGUUUUAGUCGCAGUGAUUUCCUUAGGUCACAACAAAGAAAUCACACUGGGGAGAAACCACAUAAAUGCAUGGAAUGUGGACAGAGCUUUAGUCAGAGUAGCAACCUUAGGUCACACCAAAUAACACACUGGGGAGAAACCACAUAAAUGCAUGGAAUGUGGACAGAGCUUUAGUCAGAGUAGCAACCUUAGGUCACACCAAAUAACACACUGGGGAGAAACCACAUAAAUGCAUGGAAUGUGGACAGAGCUUUAGUCAGAGUAGCAACCUUAGGUCACACCAAAUAACACACUGGGGAGAAACCACAUAAAUGCAUGGAAUGUGGACAGAGCUUUAGUCAGAGUAGCAACCUUAGGUCACACCAAAUAACACACUGGGGAGAAACCACAUAAAUGCAUGGAAUGUGGACAGAGCUUUAGUCAGAGUAGCAACCUUAGGUCACACCAAAUAACACACUGGGGAGAAACCACAUAAAUGCAUGGAAUGUGGACAGAGCUUUAGUCAGAGUAGCAACCUUAGGUCACACCAAAUAACACACUGGGGAGAAACCACAUAAAUGCAUGGAAUGUGGACAGAGCUUUAGUCAGAGUAGCAACCUUAGGUCACACCAAAUAACACACUGGGGAGAAACCACAUAAAUGCAUGGAAUGUGGACAGAGCUUUAGUCAGAGUAGCAACCUUAGGUCACACCAAAUAACACACUGGGGAGAAACCACAUAAAUGCAUGGAAUGUGGACAGAGCUUUAGUCAGAGUAGCAACCUUAGGUCACACCAAAUAACACACUGGGGAGAAACCACAUAAAUGCAUGGAAUGUGGACAGAGCUUUAGUCAGAGUAGCAACCUUAGGUCACACCAAAUAACACACUGGGGAGAAACCACAUAAAUGCAUGGAAUGUGGACAGAGCUUUAGUCAGAGUAGCAACCUUAGGUCACACCAAAUAACACACUGGGGAGAAACCACAUAAAUGCAUGGAAUGUGGACAGAGCUUUAGUCAGAGUAGCAACCUUAGGUCACACCAAAUAACACACUGGGGAGAAACCACAUAAAUGCAUGGAAUGUGGACAGAGCUUUAGUCAGAGUAGCAACCUUAGGUCACACCAAAUAACACACUGGGGAGAAACCACAUAAAUGCAUGGAAUGUGGACAGAGCUUUAGUCAGAGUAGCAACCUUAGGUCACACCAAAUAACACACUGGGGAGAAACCACAUAAAUGCAUGGAAUGUGGACAGAGCUUUAGUCAGAGUAGCAACCUUAGGUCACACCAAAUAACACACUGGGGAGAAACCACAUAAAUGCAUGGAAUGUGGACAGAGCUUUAGUCAGAGUAGCAACCUUAGGUCACACCAAAUAACACACUGGGGAGAAACCACAUAAAUGCAUGGAAUGUGGAAAGAGCUUUAGUCACAGUGAUGAUCUUAGGUUACAUCAAAGAACUCACUCUGGGGAGAAGCCUUAUAAAUGCGUGGAAAGUGGAAGGAGCUUUAUUCAGAGGUCCUGAGAAGUUAAGAAGGCAUAAGGAGCUCAUUCAGUUUUUUGCUAUUUUCCCCUGAAGUGAAGAAACAACCAAAUGCUGAAGUAAUGCAAAACAGAGAGAAAAGAGGAAAAAAUGGAGUGCAGUUUGAAGCACCACUUGUGAUGCAUUUUACUUCUAUUGUUACUUAACAGCGAGAUAUCACAAAAUAGACGUGGAAACUUGUGCUAAAUACUGAGAAUAGGCAUAUAUUGUGAAAUGAAAUUGUUACAAAAUUCAUGUAAAAAGAGAAAAGGAUGGAUGUUCUAACGCUAAGUGAUGAAAUAAAAGCAAGUAGUGAAGAGAGAAAAGCUGUCAUUUUCAAAAUAAAGAGUUUACCCUCAUAAAUAAGAAUAGUAAUUGAGUUUUAAAGAGUGUACCAAUGAGUGCACUUCAAGCACUCCUGGAUGAAAGAGUGCACUUCAAGCACUCUUGGAUGAACAGAUGCCCUGGAUCCA